AUGCCUGAAAUUGACCCUAAUAGCUCAGGAAGCGUUGUAAUCACCUACAACGUUCCCGGAUACCCAGAUCCAGCUGAAGUCCCGUUCCACCAUAUCGAUGAGUUCCACAUCCGGCAAAUGCAAGGGGCCAUGGUGCUUAGUGUCACCAUUGGUGCAUGUUCAAUGUUGUUGAUUUUCCUAAUUGGCAUUCUCUACAUCAACCGCCAAAAGAUGAAACGUUCGUUCCUUUUCUUGUUGAAUAUUGGAAUCUUGUUAGCCACAAUCUUUCGUUCUGCCUGUUACUUAAACUACUAUACAAGCAACCUUGCCGGGAUCAGCUAUACCUUCACUGGCAUCUACAACGAUGAAAGUUUUGCAAGUUCCGAUGCCGCCAACGGCUUCCUUACCAUCAUGUUUGUCUUGAUUCAAACUUCCUUGUGCUAUCAAAUCUAUGUCAUGUUCAAGACCACCACCUUGAAAUACUGGGGGUACGCCGCCUCGGCGUUGGCGGGAUUGUUGUCGUUGACAACUCUCGGAACUCAAAUCGCGAGAUCAGUAUUGGCACACCAAAAUUUUGCAUCUGCUACAAGUUCAUCCAGCGUCUCGUUCACCGCGUCCUGGAUGGAUGUGCCAACGAUUCUUUUCGCCGUGAGUGUCAACAUCAUGACCUUGUUGUUGCUUUUCAAAUUGGGGUUGGCCAUCAAAACCAGGAGAUAUUUAGGGUUAAAGCAGUUUGACGGGUUCCACAUUCUCUUUAUCAUGUCGACGCAGACUUUGAUCAUCCCAUCCAUCUUGCUAUUCAUCCACUAUUUCUCCUCCACCACGCAGUCGGCACCCAUCUUGGUCAACAUCGCCUACAUGCUGGUGGUAAUUUUCUUACCCAUGAGCUCGUUGUGGGCCCAAACGGCAAACAAUUCCCGAAGAAUCGAGUCGACGCCUAGCUUGUCUUUCAUCUCGAGAGAAUCAUCAAAUAGCAGUGCUCAAGCCACCGUAACCAGCGGCCAUUCGAAAAUAUCUAAACUCAACACCUUCAACUCCACCACCACCAGCCCCGUUACUUUAAAAGAUGAGAUAUCGCUCAUCGUGGAGAAGGAACACCAGCCAGUCUCGGGGCUCGAUGCAGCUUUGCCCAAGGACUUGGAGAAGUUUCUAGCUGACGGGAUAGACGAAGGCGAAGACGGAAUGGUGGCCAGGGAAGUCACCAUUUUGAAGAACUAA